UCACCCUGGAAAAGUCAUUGGAUGGACGCUUAGGAUCACGUGAAAUAUUCAUAAGCCGUCAUCAUGGCACAAAGAUCACAGGUUAUCCAGCUGUAUAAAAAUCUUCUCUACCUUGGCCGUGAGUACCCCAUGGGGUAUGAGUACUUCCGUGAGAAGCUCAAAAGAGCUUUCAUGAAGAACCGAGAGGUCACCGACCCCGAGCAGAUCAAGGUCCUUAUUGGUCGUGGAGAAUUUGUCAUCAAGGAGAUUGAGGCAUUGUACAUGCUCAGGAAAUAUAGAACCAUGAAAAAGAGGUACUAUGAGGACUUUUUGAAGAUUGAGGUUGCUGUUGAUAAAAGAGAUAGAGAAAAAUAAUCAGCAAGAAAUUCUGAAUAGAGCCUUCUUAUAUCUUGUCAUAAUAGAUAGCUAUGAUAAAGACUUAAGAAGUAGAGGAAACAAACAGAAUGGGUGCUCUAAGAAUUGAAGAGUUGAUAGAUGCUAUAAGAUAAAGGAAGAAAGAAGAAAGACUUUGUUAAACAGAGCAAAGAAAAAGACAUAGAGAUGAAAAGACUUCAGACCGUAUAAAAAAAGUAACAAAGGCUUCUGUAGAAGAGUGAAAAAAAAGAGAGAUUGAGGAAGAAAUUAUUAAAGGGAACCUUUUUUCUUAGCAUAAUAGUGUUCUUUUUUAGUAGGGAGGUAGCUUAUAGUAGACUAAAAAUUGUUCACUCAUGUUUCCCUACAAUGUGUGCUUUCUGUAUACCACUGAGAAAAUGUUUUCAUACUUGUAAUACGAUUUUAGAAAUAAAAUAUCUUCAUUGGGCUGUGAAUUGGCAUGUUCUCGGGUGUGGAGUUAAAACAAUGAUAUACCCUUUAUACAUACCAGUAACUUAACUUUCUACUUGUACCAUUAUCAGUAUCGACAUAUAACUAAAUGUAGCUACUAAUAUCUAAGAUAUUUUUGUGGAGCAUCAUCAUAAUCAUUUUUCAGGCUUGUUUUAACAGUAUUAACUUUUUAAUCAUAAUCAUAUAUAUGUACUUACAGUAUCUACUGAAGUACUUCAGUUUACCAAUGUUAAAUAAUACAUUACUCUCUGUUACCUCUAUCAAAUACCUCAUUACUUUAAUCCAUCAUUUUUUAUUUAAAGGGUUUUAAAUGUCAUGUAUGUUAAAUGCAUUCAGAAAGCUCUGUGUAUGUAUUGUUCAGUACAGUGUAUAUUUAAUUUUAUGUAAAAGAAAAGAUAAUGGGAUAUUUUGCUAUUUCUAUAUUUUAGUGGUAUAUAAAGCAUAUAAAAAAGAACUAUGGAUUUUGAGUCCUCUUGCUCUAGAUAUGUAUUUUGAAACAUGUCUGAAAGAGAAUAUUAUGAAAAUCAUUUAGACUUUCAAGAACACUGAAAUGAGAACAGUUGCAUACAGAUAUUUUCAUGAUACCAAUUUUUUUCACAAAUGAAAAGUCAAAAUAAAAAUCUAAAGACAUAUUAACUGUGAUGGGUACUGAUUCACUAUAUACCAAGUUUCUUUCUGCUCCACCACAGAAAAUGAUAAAAUCAGAAAAGGUAAAUAUUUCAGUAUAGCUUGCAAAUAUGCAGGAGAUACUGGAGUAGUAUGACAAAAAUUGUGGAAGCUUGUAAUUUCUCAGAAUUCAAAUCAACAGGAAAGAAUCAUCUGCAGAGAAAAAUAUAUUACUUUCCCUUUUGUAUCAUUUAGUUUUUUCUCUCUCUUAUUCCGAGGAAUCUUUCACACCAGCCCUUUCUCUCUCCCUUAGUUGAGUCUUCUCAGUAAGCCUUCACUUGCCUUUUGGAUUACUUACCAGGUGCUCCUUUGCAUGCUGAUGUAUUUGGCUCUUUUCUUCAUCAGCUGAUUAUGAUUUACUUGAAAGGAUUUCUAGCCAAACAGAUUUUCAUUAUCAAGCAACAUUCUCUUGAGGUGGUAGCCCACCAGGUAGUGUAUUUACUGGGGAAAUUUACUCCCCAGGUGAUUUAGUUGAUUGUUUAUUAUAUGGAAAUUAUUCUUGUACAGGUCUGUCUUAUCUUGAGUUCAGUUACUGUAAUUUUUAGCUUAGAUUUGAUUUGUCUUGUGUGGGUGUUCUGGACUUCAGGUAUAUAAAGAAUGAGUUACAUAACCAUUUAGGGAUAAAUAUAUACAUAUUUAAUUUUAUAUCUUGGGCUUGAGAAAAUAAUAAUGUUGAAAAGUUAGCAGUCAUUAGGUGCUAAACUAAAAGAUUCUGAGGACUUCAACUUACAGUUGAAUGGUAUUGAAAAUAUUGUCAACAGUCAAAAUAACAGAUAAAAAAUAAUUGUGCAUAAAAUAGGUUUAUAUGUGUAUUGUGAUUUACCUGCCCUAAGAUCAUUAUGGUGCUGUUUGUCAUUCAUAGCAGGAAUAUUUGGAGGCAGGGUCUUCUCUCUUUGUUUAAUGGUUUUGUGUGCAAUUUUCAGUAUACAUUUAAUCUCUUUUGAGAUAUAUGAUUUUAGAGGUCUUUCAGUUGUAAAUGAGCAUAUGCAUUAAAUAUAUAAACCAGGCAAGCAA